GCGACGGUUACUGACGGUUUCUGUCUUUCUUUUUGAAAAAUUUCUUCCCCGUCUUUUUUUGAGGAGGAGCAAGAUGGUCUUUGUCGCGGCCUGACUCAGAGUGAGGCGACGCGAGCCCUUGGGUGAGUCGCCGGGAGGCCUGGCCGGGGGAAUGGUGAGCGAGCCCGGCCCAGCGCAACCUGCGACGAGACCCCGCCUCCCGCCGCAGCAGCCGCCCCGGCCCCGCCGAGCCGCAGGGAUCGCCGCCCGCCAGGCCUGCCCGCCGCUGUCGUCGUCUGCGCGCCAGGGGAGCGAGGGGCUGCUCCGCAGAGGUGUGGAAAAAUGGCAAAGAGAAUUGCAGAAAAAGAACUGACUGACAGAAAUUGGGAUCAGGAAGAUGAGGCUGAGGAGGUGGGAACUUUCUCAGUAGCUAGUGAAGAAGUCUUGAAGAACAGAGCUAUUAAAAAAGCAAAGCGCCGAAAUGUUGGAUCAGAGUCUGAAAGCGGAGGAGCUUUUAAGGGGUUUAAAGGCUUUAUGUUACCUUCUGGAAAAGCAGGAGGUGGCUUCAGUGGAUUUGGUAAUGGUGCAGGAAUAAAGCCUUUAGAAGGGCUGUCUAAUGGAAGCAGUAGUGUCUCUAGUACUCCUUCUUUCAGCAGUUUAAAGACAACCUCUGACACGCAAAUAGCAUUUGGAUCCACAAUGUCAAAUGGUCCUACUGCUACUGCAUUCACUGAGAAAAAGGCUGCAAGCCCCAAAGCUAAUGGUGGCAGUCAACAAUCAUCAUCUGGUUAUUCUCAGAGUAAUAUGUGUAGCUCUAGUGUUUAUCACAAACAGUUAGCAGCUUUAAACUGUUCUGUGCGUGACUGGAUAGUUAAGCAUGUCAACACAAACCCACUAUGUGAUCUGACACCGAUCUUUAGAGACUAUGAGAAGUAUUUAGCAAAUAUUGAGCAACAACAUGGAAGCAGUAGUGAUAGUGGCUCUGAAAAUGAAGGCAACAAGACACCUGGCACUCAAUCUGUUUCUACAUUUGGGAAUUCAAAACCACAGCAAGGAUCAACAUUUUUGUUUAACAGCAAGAAAAGUGAGGAUACUUCAGACAAAAAAACUGAAGGUGCUUCAGAAAAAAGAGACCCAUCAGUAGGAGUUGCAUCAAAUGUCUCAUUUAAUUUUGGGAAGAGUGUCGACAGUUCUGUUUUGGGUUCCCUUGGUUCUGGAACGCUGAGUAGUUUCUCAUUUUCUCCUGGAAACUCAGGUUUGUUUGGAAAAGAUGCAAACCAGGCUAAACCUGUCACUGUAGUGUCCACCAAUAUACUGGAAGCUCAGACGGAAAGUGGCAGUAGUGAUGAUAAAGGAGGAGAAGAGGAGGAAGAAGAGCCACCCAAAGUUGUUGUUAACGAAAUAAAAGAAGAUGAUGCUUUCUACUCAAAGAAGUGCAAACUGUUCUACAAGAAGGAUAACGAAUUCAAAGAAAAAGGUGUAGGAACAUUACACUUAAAACCAGCAGGAAAUGAAAAAACACAACUUCUAGUCCGAGCAGAUACUAAUUUAGGAAACAUACUGUUGAAUGUUCUAAUUCCACCCAAGAUGCCAUGCACAAGAACCGGAAAAAACAAUGUUCUUAUAGUUUGUGUUCCUAACCCACCGAUUGAUGAGAAGAAUCCAACUGUUCCAGUCACUAUGUUAAUACGAGUGAAAACAAGUGAGGAUGCAGAUGAGUUGCACAAAAUCUUACUGGAGAAAAAGGAGGCUUAAAGAUGUUGCAGUCAGUGAUUUGAGGAAUUAUUGCCAAACUACUGCUGCUUCCCCCCCACCCCCUUCCAUAACUUCACUUGAACACUUAACUCUACUCUGAUAUUAAGAACUGCUACAGGAAUUCCAAGAGGAAAGGCUAAAAUAGCUAAUAAAAGUUUUAAUAGAACACAAGUGUUGAACUGUGCCCCCUCAUUUUUCAGUAACUAAAUGCAGGACCUCUUUUGGAUUAAAGCACAUUGAUUUAGAUCAAAGCAUAUGUUUUUAAACACUGGUCAUCUUGACUGAAUGGACUGAAAUCGGAGUACAAAAUGUGGUACCAGAUAUUCCUCAGACUGUGGUGCAAUGCAACAAACCUCAUGUUUUGAAAAGCAGGACAUUGAAACUUAACUCUUGAAACUGUUUAUAGAUUUCAGAUUUUUAAUAUUAACUGGUCUGUCAGAUUCUAGUGAGACUAACUUUUUCAAACUGUCAAUGACAAUAACGUACCGGAACAACAAAGCUACUAUAUAGCAUACUGUGUUUUAAUGCCUGCAGAUUUGUGUGCUUUUGGGACUCUGAGACUGCAUCUCCAGAUCUCUAAAAGAAAAAUUGCUUAUAUAGUCUUGUUGACGGUAGCGUUUCUUAGCGAAGAACUAUCAGUUCUGUUCUCACUGUAGCAACAAGCUAGUGAUGUGCAAUAGUAUAAGCAAACAACUGGAAGACUGUUUACUCCGGACCACAAAUGCAGUUGGCAUUUGACUUCUGUCAAGUCAAGGGCAAAGGGUUGUGCUUCCAUUAUGGGCACUCUCAGAGGUAUUCUUCCCUAGUCCCUCAGGCUAAAACUGAAACAGAGCAGAGGCAGAGUUGUAAAUCUUGUACUUGUCUUGCUACUAGUACUUUUCUGAAGUUCUCUCUUUUCACAAACGUAAGUUUCAGGAUUUUUUAUAAGUCUUUAUAUUGUCUCUGGACAUUACCAAGAGUACAUGCAUAAAUGGGUUUCUUAGUAACCAUUUUUCCAGUGUGCUAAAACUACAGUGCAGUUACAUUAAGCACUGGGACCUGGCUUGCAGUUUUUCAGACAGGCUUUCGUAUGCAAGUAAGUUAAUGCUGGGUUAAUGUGAAACUUGGUUUCCAGCUGUGUUAAAAUUAACCAUGUGGCAGUAAUUAACAGAUCAGAACAUCACUCUGUCCCCCAGUUCUUGCUAACUCUAAUAGACAAUAGUUGUUUGGCUAGCCUUUCUAAUUUUUUUGAAAUCUUGUCCCAGUUUGCUGGAAAUUCUUCUCCCAAUGAUUUUCUCCUUCACUUGCAGCUCUGGAAACAGUCAAAAAAACAAACAAACAAACAACUGGAUGCUAGUGCUAAACUUGAACUGCUUUCUGAUUUGUCACACUAACCAGCUCUUAAGAGAUGGAAGAAACAUGCCAACCUGUCUCUGUCUAAUUAACACAGAGAAAAUGCCCAUUCCAGAAAAAGCAGCGUAAUGCAAUUCUCCCAAGACACUAUGAAUUCUAGCAUAGUGACAUCCUAUGAGUAAGGGGAAAAAAAAGAAGUGGUACCAUUUGAUUAGAUGUGGCCUAUCUUACCUUUUCCCCACUGGUCUGUAUGAAGGACAAAUGGCUUAAUUCAGUCCUAAUUAGCUGCACAAUUCAGGUUAUGGCCUUUUUUUCUCCUCUUAACCAAAAAGAGGACAAUCUUUGUAGGAUCUACAGCCCUCUUGACCAAAGUUGACUGCCUUUGUUCACACUUCAGCUACACUGAGAUCACAGCAAUUGCAUUUUAAAACUCAAGUGUAAGGGGAGCUCAGAUACUGUUUUCAAAUACUCUUUGAAAUAUAAACUGGUGCCUUCUUUUGCAUCUGUUUUGGUAUUUAACCACUCAAGUGGUAUUGGUUUCCUCAAAACGGUGUUUUUGUUUUUAUUUUGUUUUAAAGUCUUGCUGAUACCUAAAUUGGAGGCCAAAAUCUGAAGGUUUGCAUGUUAAUUGCGUGUAUGAAUGACAAGCAGAAUAUUGUCUGGAAGUUUUAUUACUGGCUCAGGGUGAAUGUCCAAGGGCUUAAUUAAUUUUGCAUUUGUCUUUUGACUAUAGUGUCUUAAACAGGUCUUGGUGAAGCAAAUUUUGUAGACUGCAGGUCACUGUUACAGUAAGCAGAUUUAUUAUGAAUCUCACCUUCAGAGCACUUGUGGAUAGAUUUGUUUCAGGGGGCUCAGUUUUGUCUUUGUUUAAGCUCACAGAGAUAACAGCUGUUCGUUUCUUCAGCCAUUGAAAUGUGGACCAAUUCUCUUACGCUGUUAAGAGAAAACGGAUCUUUUUAAAGAUCCUUAAUGAUUUGUUUCUGAAGUGAGGCAGUUGAGGUUUUGCACAUACCUAUUUAGCCAAAUUCUAAAACUGGCAAACUGAGCAAUUGCUAAUGUAUCUGUGUCAUGUCUUCAAGGGUGGGCAUAGAGCGUAAGAAAAAAAUAGAAUUAUUAAAUAAUAAGAUGUGCUAGAAAAAUUGAACCUUACGGUAUCCAUGGUAGCAAGUAAUAUUUUCUGUUGUCUGUUGAAAAUAAUUGAGAUGAGACAUGUUAAUUCUUAGAGCAAUGUAUGUAUUUAUCAGUAAAGCCAGGGGAGGGUAUAUAACGGAAAUCUUGUGUUUAAAAAGGACAAUAUGUCAAUUAGGCUGUUAGAGAAAAAUAUAUGCAUAAACAGCUGAUAUUAUGUGUCUUUACAUUCCUCGUCUUGAUAUGGAAAAUAAAUGCUAAAAAUAGAGGAGGAAAGAAUUUCAUGGAGAACUAGAGAUUUUUAAUCAACAUCAUUCUUAGUGACCGUGCAAUUAAUCUGGAUUUUAAAGCAGGAAAAAUAAGUCAUAUGUUUUUCACUUAGUGUUCAAUUUUAAAGCACAACCCUUCUCCAAUAUUGUUACAAAACAAAUUUUUGAUAAUGCUUCAGUUUCUAAUUAAGAUGCUUUUAUAAAGAUUAAAAUAUAUAAUUAAAGAUUGCGAAAAGCCACAGAUUAUUAAAUAGAAAUUAAGGCCUAAAAUCAAUUAAAAGCAAAAGUUAAAUGGAGAGCAUAAAAAACAAUUACUGAAGCUUUGCAUGACAAAGUGAUGUGCUACACAAGGAAUUUUGAUCAGAAUUCCGCUUCAAUGAGGCAUUCGUGUAACUUGGUACAUAUACAAUAUUUAACAGCUGACACCUGAUGUUAAAGAUGCAAGUUUCCUCCCUAAUUUGAGUUAAUGACUUCACUGCUACAGCUAUGUAUAGGUGUUGAAGCAUCUUAUGGGUCAUACACAUUCUUGCUUUUGCUAUAAUUUUGAAGUUUUUGCUUCUUACAGUUUUUCCUUCCCACUCCCGUCAAAAGAAAAAUCAAGAGCUCUACUGCUUUUCAUUCUUCUAAUCAUCCAUAAAGAAGAUUACAGUUAGUUUGAAUUUUAUUCUAGACAAAAAAUCAAAUUGCUAUUUGCAGUUUCCUAAAAUGUACUUCAAGUCUAUUUGGGAGCACAACAGUUAAUGUUCCUUUAGUUCCCUUUGGCUGACUGACAUAAAUUCAAGUUAAAUUUACAAUGAGGAAUCUUUCAAGUGAACAUGUAGUACAUAAACCAAUUAAGAUGUAUGCUUUAAUUUUAAGAACUCCAGUUGAGCUCCUUUUACAGCACUGUAACAUUUUAAAUGUCCUGAAAGAGUUUCUUUUUGAUGCCUUAAAUAACUUAAUUGCAUUUGCUAAAAUUUUGUAGCUGCUGCCUGUGUGCAAGAAUUAAACUGAUAUUAAACAAGUUUAAGUGGCAUGAGCUAGUAUGAUUUCAAUGAAACUGUUGAAUGUGACAAUUUGUUAAUUGUUAGUAGAUUUCAACUGCUCUGAAUUUUUCAGCAGAUACUUAUGUUGCACAUAACUUGUAACAAUGUUUUCAUUAGUUUUAAUACUUUGAGGAAGUGUACAAAAAAUCCAUGGAAAAUGUGAAUAAAUGAGUGGGAGAUGA